AUAUACAUUCAUAAAAACGCAGAAACAUGCGCUUGCGUUCUAACGAUAUCGCGAAGAAAGUUUUUAACCUGCCGAUCAGUCGACAGUAAACACUUCAACUGUCACUAUGCAUGAUCGAUCACUCCACAAUAUUGAAAGUCAGUUGAAAAAUAAUUAUUAUAAGAGUGAUAUACAUUACACAUUACAAAUGUGUCAAUGGUUAUUGAAACUAAUCGGAGUGUGGCCUCUCAUUUCCAAUCAAACUAAGAAAUUCGAACAGCUCGUUUCGAUCAUUCUAAUGACUAUGUGCUUCUCCAGUCUGUUAUUUAUCAUCUUACCAUCUGGUCAUCAUUAUUUCUUUAUAGAGAAAAAUUUGAAUAUGAAAGUGAAAGCUCUUGGACCAGUUAGUUUCUGUGUAUCAUCCACAAUUAAAUAUUGCUACCUUGCCUUAAAAGGAUCCUCGUUUGAAAGAUGUAUUGAACAUAUGAAAAGAGAUUGGAUGAUGGUGCAGGAUCCAAAUCAUCGAACGAUUAUGUUAAAAUAUGCGACGAUUAGUAGAAGACUUAUUACCAUAUGUGCUGUUUUUUUAUAUUCAGGAGGAAUGUCGUAUCACACUGUAAUGCAAUUUUUAUCGAAGGGAAAGAAUAAGGAUAAUCACACGAUCAGACCAUUACCUUACAUUGGUUAUGAUCCAUUUUUCGAUACACAGUCUAGUCCUACAUAUGAAAUUGUAUAUUGUAUACAUUGCUUCACAGCGAUGAUCAUGUAUAGCAUUUCAACGGUUGCAUAUAGUUUAGCAGCAAUCUUUGUUACACAUAUUUGUGGACAGAUUCAGGUACAAAUAGCAAGAUUACAAGAUUUGGUCGAAAACAAGGAAAAGAGGAAAUAUGAAGAUUGUGAUCCUUUUGCUCUUAUCGUGCACGAUCAUGUGGAAAUAUUAAGAUUUUCGAAUAAUAUAGAAGAAGCUUUAAGAGAGAUAUGUUUUACGGAAAUCGUAGAAUGCACAUUAAAUAUGUGUAUGCUCGAAUAUUAUUGUUUAAUAGAAUGGUCAGCAGGUGAUACAAUUACACUUUUAACUUUUUUUACUUUAUUGACUUCUUUCACAUUUAACAUAUUUAUAUUCUGCUAUAUAGGUGAAAUUCUGACUGAGCAGUGUAGUCAAAUUGGUACAGUUUCCUAUGAAAUUGAUUGGUAUAAAUUAUCAUCUAAGGAAGCUUAUGAUCUUAUUUUAUUAAUCUCCAUAUCGCAAUAUCCACCAAAAUUAACGGCAGGAAAAAUAAUCGAAUUGUCUUUGAAUACAUUUAGCUCUGUAGCAAAAACAUCAGUAGUUUAUUUGAAUUUGCUUCGAACAGUUACAGACUGAUAUUUUUUAACGAAGUAUCAAGUACUAGGUAUUUGUAUUAAU